GCUGUGGCCGCUGUGGGGUGUGUAGAUUUUGAGCCUAUUGAGGUUAAAAAGAGGAAAAAAGUCUAAAAGUCAUCACAUCAAGCUGCUCAAUCAUAGAAAACAGUCUCUGCGUUUCCUUCUAUUUUGUUUUAUAUUGUGCAUUUUACGUUGCCAAACUGCAAAAAACUGUCUCCAGACAUAAAAUCACAAGAUUUUCAAUUUAAUCAAACAGCAGAGACUGGCCAGAGAGGCAUGAUCUACUAAUGCUUGAUAAAUUACCUCGACUGAUAACAGAGAGAUAAUGAAUCGCCCCAUUGCCGGCUAGUCUAUUACUCAUCUCAGUGACUCAUCGGUGCUCGCAACACCUGUCGAAACUGGACAUGUGGAGCUUGAUAGACUAUUUCAAUGAUCCACAUCUGGUGCUGAAAAUUCAAAACUACUUUGGUGUGUUUCGGAAAUCAGAGAAGAAAUUCCCCGGCAAGGAUGAAAAUUCAAGCACAAAAUUGCGGAGAAGGAAGUCGAAAACAGAAUCGACACCUUCAUCUGACGAGAAUGACGUUCAAAGCGUUUAUUCAUCCGACUCGGAGGUGGAAUCAGAAGAUUUCGUAGUCACCAAUAAGUUUUGGUACUACCUCUUCACAUUCGGAACCAUUCUGGGAGAUGAACUUUUUUAUGCCAUGUUCAUUCCAUUUUGGUUUUGGAAUGUUGACGGAGCCGUUGGCCGUAGAUUUGUUAUGGUCUGGGCGGUCGUGAUGUAUAUAGGUCAGGGUACAAAAGAUAUCCUGCGGUGGCCUCGACCAGCUUGCCCACCUGUGAUCAGGGUCCAAAAGAAGUGGUCUUUGGAGUACGGAAUGCCUUCAACCCAUGCCAUGGUUGGGGUGGCCAUACCAUUUUCAGUUCUCCUUUACACAGCAGACCGCUACCAGUACAACAUUUGGAUUGGUUUGCUGAUUUCUGUUGUCUGGUGCUCCGUUGUCUGCAUCAGCAGAUUGUACCUUGGAAUGCAUUCCGUGGCCGAUCUAAUCGGUGGAUUGGUGCUAGUCUUCUUAUUAAUGGUUCCAUUGAUCCCACUUGAAGAUGCUCUUGAUCCAUGGAUUCUGACAUCAGAUUGGUCUCCAUUUGUUGUUUUCAUCUCCGCCGUCAGUCUUGUCAUUCUGUCCCCAAAAAGUGAUAAAUGGACUCCUACAAGAGGUGACACAACUGUGAUUAUUGGAGUGACUACUGGCAUCCAAAUGGCCUCCUGGCUAAAUUAUAAAAUGGGCUUCAUGAAGGAAUCUUUACUCCAGCCCCCUUACACAAUUAUCUGGCCAUCUUACCAAAUGUUUGGGCAAAUGCUGUUCAGAGCAGCUAUCGGUUAUUGCUGCACCAUUGCGACGAGGGCAAUUUUACGAUGGUCGUCAUAUAUGACCAUGUGUGCUCUUUUGCAACUUGAUCCAGAAUCUAUGAAGAACAGAGAUGUGGCAAACAAAAGGCAGACCAUUGUAGAGCUCAGUUACAAAUUUAUCACUUACUUUGCUAUUGGGAUCAAUACCGUUUGGCUUCAGCCAAACACAUUUCGUCUUAUAGGCAUUGAACGUCCGUCGUUUUACACAGAGAUUUAAUUAGUCUGAUCAAAUAUCUUAAUCCCAUGGAUUCACAUUUUUUUAUUAUUAUUUUUUAAUAUCACUAAGUGAUAAACUACAAGCCAAAAUUUACUCAGUCCAUGUUUCGGCGGCCGUUAAAUAUGCCUUAUGUUACAAAGACAAAGGCCGGAUCCAUCUGCUCAUAGCAAUCCGAUUGAACCGGAUUUCCUUCACUUGCCAAGCUUGCGAAUGGUAAAAUCCAAGGUAAUUUGAUAUAACAAAAAAUGUAAUGCCUUGUUUCACAAUAAGAAUUAGCCCUGAAUUAAUACCUUCCGUCAUUCUAAAAUGUUUGUUCAGAGCAAAACUCCAUAAAAGUACCUCACUUAAAGAAAACAAAGAACCUUCCGAUUUUCCAUAUAUUCUUACUUCAUGUACAUUAUUAUCAUGAUUUAUUGAAGCUGAGGAAUCUCAUGUGGUUGCAUUAAAGAAAAUAUUGAGGAUGAAU